AUCAUUAGGAUGUAACACCCUGUACAUCAUUAUUAUGAGUCACGUUCCUUUAGGUACUCGAACAGAAGAGUCCAGUCGAGCUGACUGCAUCGCAGCUGCAGCCGCUGCACUUCACGUAGUGCUUUAAACAUCUAACAGUGAAAGUGCAGGCUGCGUGACGCGACGCACGCGACGCGACGCGUUGUUCAGGCGCCCUUCACACACAACUCAAACAACGUACAUUUUUUGUGGUCUAAUAAAACAACAAUGCCGAUAAAUGAGUGCGUGACGACCGACCGGUUCAUCGACCUAGCGUACGCGGCCGACGUCGACACGUCCGAGCACCCCGAGCUGCUGGAGCUGGCGCGCGAGCUCGUCGCCGAGGAGCCCGACACCCGCGCCGCGGCCAUACAGGAGCUGCGCGACAUGGUAUACGAGCGCGGCGAGUGCAGCCCGCGGCGGCUGGACGACGCGUUCCUGCUGCGCUUCCUGCGCGCGCGCCGCUUCGUCGUGCGCCGCGCGCACCGCCAGUUGGUGCGUUACUGCAACUUCCUGGAGCAGUACCCGUCGCUGUACCGCGGCGUGGACCUGUUCGCGCUCGCCAAGGUCAAGGGCGCCUACGAGGCCGCCAUGCUGGACCGCCCGGGCGUGGGCCGCCUGCUCAUCACGCGGUUCGGCGCGUGGGACCCGGACGAGUUCCCGGUGGAGGACCUGGUGCGCGCCAGCCUCGCCAUGAUGGAGAUGGGGCUGCGCACGCCCAAGAUGCAGGUGCUGGGCGCCACCGGCAUCUUCGACCUGCAGGGCGUCACGCUGCGCCACGUCGCGACGCUCACGCCUACCGUCGCCUACCAGAUCGUCUGCCUCUCGGGGUACGCGAUGCCGGGCAUCAUGAACAGCUGCCACAUCAUCAACUACAACUGGCUACUGCACACCUUCUUCUUCCUGUUCAAGCGCUUCAUCCGCCGCGCCGCCUGGUCGCGCAUCCACUUCCACGGCAGCGACCUGGAGUCACUGCACCAGCACAUACCGCGCGAGUGCCUCCCGCCGCGCUACGGCGGCUCCUGUCGCCUGCACACCGACUACGCCACCGGCAUGGCCAAGGUGCGCCAGUACCGCACCGCGGCGCUCGAGCGGGACAUGAGGGAGCUCGGCUGGGUGCUCAACGACGACUAGGGCUGAGUGCUCUAACACCUGAUGUGCACUAGAGCCCGAGAGACUGCUACUAUUACUUAAAUUAAAAAGAGACAUCUAGUGAUCAAUUCAGCAACUAUUUAAUUAAAAAGUAUACUUUUUACAGAAUAUAAGCCAAAUAAACCAGUUUAUUCAUAAUAUCUGUUAUUUGUUCUUGAAUUUGAUGAAAUAACCAAACGGUUAAUUAUUGUUAUAGAUGGGAAAGUGUUUAAAAUACAGAUAGGUACCCUACAUAUUAAAUUAUUUAAUAGUUAUGUGACUUAAGUAUGUAAGAUAUAUUUAC